AAAUUAUCCCUUCUCAUAGUAAAAAUUGACCUGAUCAACUUGGAUCCCAUUCAAUCGCCCCCAUGGACAAAGAUAAGAAACCUGCACUGCGGCUGUGUCAUUGCCAUCACGACAAACAGAAGCCGUGCUCCUGCAGCACAGCUGCAAAAGCAGCCCAAAAGGAAACAAGCACGAACACCUCCUUCGAGUAUAGUGUUCAGGAUGGGUCUGCGCAGACCCAGAAGGAAUCUGAGGACUGUAAAGAGGAUGAUUCUAAGCAAGAGCGCAAGCGGAGCUUAACGAUAGCCGAUAGUACAGAUUCUGACGAUUCGGCCGAGGGCAAUGUCGAUGUACACCCAACCGAAUCUGUAUUUCAGAAGAAGGUGGUUUAUGACACCCCCACCCCACCGGACGAGGUGAAGGAGGAGGAGCACGUAGGGCGCAUCUUUGGCGUCUCCGGUCCAGUGGUCAAUGCCGAGGAUAUGGCCGGCGCCGCCAUGUACGAACUGGUUCGCGUAGGCCACAACAAUCUGGUGGGCGAGAUCAUUCGUCUGGAGGGCGACAUGGCCACCAUUCAGGUGUACGAGGAUACGUCCGGCGUGAGUGUCGGGGAUCCUGUCUACCAGACGGGCAAACCCCUGUCCGUGGAGCUAGGCCCUGGCAUUAUGGGCAGCAUCUUCGACGGCAUUCAGCGCCCGCUGCGCACCAUCCACGAGAUCACCGAAUCGAUCUACGUGCCCAAGGGCAUUGAUAUCCCAUGUCUGCCCCGCAACAUCUCUUACUCUUUUAGCCCGGAGAAGCUAAAGAUCGACGACCUGAUCACCGGCGGCGACAUCUAUGGGACGGUGCACGAGAAUUGUAUGAUGGAGCACCGCCUGAUGCUGCCGCCUCGCACUCAGGGCCGCAUCAAGUGGCUGGCCAGCGAGGGCAACUACUGCGUGGAAGACGUGGUCAUCGAGACGGAGUUCGAGGACGUCGUCACCAAGCAUACCAUGCUCCAGGUGUGGCCGGUGCGACGCAGUCGGCCCACAGUCGAGAAGUUGCCUAGCAACAGUCCCCUUCUGACAGGACAGCGUGUUCUAGACGCUUUCUUUCCCUGUGUCCAGGGCGGUACCACCGCCAUUCCCGGUGCCUUUGGCUGUGGCAAGACUGUCAUCUCCCAGGCUCUGUCCAAGUACUCCAACUCUGAUGUCAUCGUGUACGUAGGUUGCGGCGAGCGCGGCAAUGAGAUGUCUGAGGUGCUGCGCGACUUUCCCCAGCUCGAGAUCGAGAUCAACGGCAGCAUGGAGACCAUCAUGAAGCGCACCGCGCUGGUGGCCAACACUUCCAACAUGCCAGUGGCUGCCCGUGAGGCCUCCAUCUACACGGGCAUCACCAUCUCCGAGUACUUUCGGGACAUGGGCUACCACGCGUCCAUGAUGGCUGACUCCACCUCCCGUUGGGCCGAGGCGCUGCGUGAGAUCUCCGGACGUCUGGCGGAGAUGCCCGCCGAUGCGGGCUAUCCAGCCUACUUGGGUGCCCGUCUGGCCUCCUUCUAUGAGCGUGCCGGUCGCGUACAGUGUCUGGGUAGCCCCGAUCGCGAAGGCUCUGUGUCCAUUGUCGGCGCUGUGUCGCCUCCUGGCGGUGACUUCUCCGAUCCCGUGACCUCGGCCACUCUGAGCAUCGUGCAGGUGUUCUGGGGACUGGACAAGAAGCUGGCCCAGCGCAAGCACUUCCCCUCCGUCAACUGGCUGCAGUCGUACUCGAAGUACAUCCGCGCCCUGGACGCAUACUACGAGGAGAACAAUCCCGACUUCGUGAAGCUGCGGUCCUCGGCCAAACAGAUUCUGCAGGAGGAAGACGAUCUGGCGGAGAUCGUGCAGCUGGUUGGCAAGUCCUCGCUGAACGAGACCGACAAGAUCGUCCUGGAGGUGGCCAAGAUGCUGAAGGAUGACUUCCUGCAGCAGAACUCCUACAGCGACUACGACGCCUUCUGUCCCUUCUACAAGACCGUCGGGAUGCUCCGCAAUAUGAUGGCCUUCUACGACGCCGCCGUCGAGGCUGUCGUCAGCACGGCCCAAGAAGAGGCUCGGGUCACGUGGAACUUGAUCAGAGAGCACGGCGCCCAGAUCAUGUACGAUUUGUCCACGAUGAAGUUUCUCAAUCCGAAGAUGGGCCAGCAGGCCAUCGAGGAGGAGAUGGACAUUCUGCACGAGAGCAUUCAAAAGACCUUCACCCAUCUACAAGAAAAUAUCGCCAAGUUCUAUGCCUAAAAGAUGGCUGAUGCGAAGGAGGAUGUCGUUAACGUAUCUGGUUUGGUGACUUCAAAAUUGUUGGUGGAAAAUGUGCAUCCAUAAAUUGCAUUUCGUAGAAGUUAUAAAGCGAGUUUGUUGGUUUUUUGUUCAAGAUUCUUUUAAAAUGAAAUAAUAUAAUCAUUAAUUCCUCA